AAUCGCACCAAAAUUGUACUCUUUGUCCAACAAAAACAGUUCUCCACUGUCAGUCAACUUGGCGAGCCUCUUGCCCGCCGGAGCCCUGACAUUUUUUCCCAUGCACCCUCCCCGGUUUCUCAGUCUGCAGUCUGCAUAGCAUAUAGGAUGCGAAGCAAACCAACUCCUUAUCGGUCGAUACAGCAGACCCACAUGGCCUCCUCGCUCCCUCUAGUCGUCUCCCUCAACUGCAUCGAGGAUACUUCCUUCGAACAAGAAGCUCUCGCCGGCGUAGCUUCCGUUGAGCACGUAGGUCUAUCUCAUCUCACCGACGGACGGAUCGAAUCCGCUGUUUCCAUCCUCCUCCAUUCCCUUGCAUUCCUUCCCCGCGCGGCGCAACGCCGGAUCCAGCCCUGGCAGCUUAUUCUCUGCCUCGGUUCUUCCGUAGACUCUGCCCUCGCCGCCGAUCUAGGCCUUCGCCUGGUUCACGUCGAUGUCAAUCGCGCUGAGGAGAUCGCGGACACCAUUAUGGCGCUCUUCCUUGCGCUUCUUCGCCGUACGAACCUCCUUUCUCGGUACUCAUCAUCAUCCUCCUCGGCGUCGGGUUGGUUCGGAUCAAUCCAGCCACUGUGCCGGGGUAUGCGGCGGUGUCGUGGACUUGUGCUUGGAAUCAUUGGGCGCUCUGCCUCUGCACGGUGCCUGGCCAUCAGAAGCCUUGCGUUCAGAAUGAGUGUACUCUAUUUUGAUGUAAAUGAGAACACUUAUGCAAAGGGAAAAGGAAGAUUUCAGCAGAGUUCUAUUAUAUUUCCUCCUGCUGUUCGGAAAAUGGAUACUCUCAAUGAUUUAUUGGCUGCAAGUGAUCUCGUUUCACUUCAUUGUGCAUAUUCAGAGGAGCCGGUACAGAUUCUAGAUGCUGAAUGCCUGCAACAUAUAAAACCUGGAGCUUUUGUCGUCAAUACAAGUAACAGUCAGCUAAUAGAUGAUUAUGCACUGAAGCAGCUCUUGAUAGAUGGCACUAUAGCGGGCUGUGCAUUGGAUGGCGCUGAGGGACCACAAUGGAUGGAAGCAUGGGUUAGAGAGAUGCCAAAUGUAUUAAUUCUUCCUAGGAGUGCUGACUAUAGUGAAGAAGUUUGGAUGGAAAUCAGGGAGAAAGCAAUCACCAUGUUGCAAGCCUUCUUUCUUGAUAACUUGAUUCCAAAUAAUGAUAUAUCUGAUGAAGGUGAAGAAAAUAGUGCGAUAGCACUUGAAGGUGACCAAGCCGAGAACUCGGUAAGAGAUAAUUCAUCUCAGCCUUUUGAUUUGGAACAGAAGAGAGAUUCAAGUCAUUUCUGUGCUGGAUCUGACCAGAAACUACAGAUCAACGAGUCAAAAGAGUCUCAAGUUUCAGGCCCGUCUCAAAAUACUGCUAGAAGGUCUCAUAGAAGGCAUAGUAGGUCUAGCAAGAAGGCCAAGAAGAGGCAUGCUCGCCAGGGUUGCCCGCAAAAAUCUAAUGAUUUUUCUGGAGUAGAAGGCAGCUAUAGCUCUCAGCAAGAAGAUACUGCUAUCAGUGGUAUGGAGCAGAGUUCUCGAUUUGCUUCUCCAGAUGAUUCUAAGAGCAAGCAAAUUUGCCUCUUUGAAUCAAAUAUGGAAUCAUCUUCUCAGAAACCUGAAACAGUUGGUGGACUUAAAGGAAAAUGUGUUGAGCUUUUGAAAGAUGGUUUUGUUAUUGCUUUGCAUACUAGAGAUCGUACUGGGUUUCAUGUGUCUAGACAAAGAGUACCUGGUGGCGGAUGGUUCCUGGAUACAUUUUCAAAUGUAACCAAAAGAGACCCUGCUGCACAAUUUCUUAUUUCUUUUAAAAGCAAGGACAUGCUAGGGCUGCGUUCUUUUACUGCUGGUGGAAAACUGUUACAGAUAAAUCGGCGAAUGGAGUUUGUAUUUGGUAGUUACAACUUUGAUGUAUGGGAGAGUUGGAUGUUAGAAGGCUCUUUGCUCGAAGAUUGUAGGCUUGUCAAUUGUAGAAAUCCCUUGGUUGUACUGGAUGUUUGUGUUGAGAUAGUUGCCGUUGUCGACGAAGAAGAUGGUGUUGCUCGAUGGCUUGACUAAUUCAGCUCAUGCUUUUUUUCCCCCUUAGUACGAAGUUCAAAGUAGUUGGUUAGAACCUCUCUAGAUGCAAAGGUGCUACGUGCUGUUUGUGCCUGCUGGUUCCCAAUUUGGUGAUUUGUCUGUUUUUGACUGUUUUUAUUCCGAAAUUAUUUGGAAUGGUUAUGUAGAAUUGUUUUCUUUUGCUUUUUCUUCUUCUCCUUUGUUUUUAAUGGUAUUACAAUUUGGUAUCCAU